AUGAAGAUCUUUGCGUCAACAAUCGCCACCGCACUCAUCGUGGCUGCUGAAAGAGUCUACGCGUUUCCGAGCACUGGUACCACAUCGCUGAGGAACGAGUCAAGCAAGAAGGAUAUUCUUAUUGGGUCUGGAGCGAUCAAUCCGGUGUAUCUCAAUGAUCCGGAGUUCUCCGCUGUCCUUGCCAAUCAAUUCAACAGCCUCUCUCCCGAAAAUGAAAUGAAAUGGUCGUUCAUCAACCCGACCAAAGGGCACUACAACUGGGAUCCGAUCGACCGCCUCGUUAACUUCGCGGAAGACAACAACAUGGUGGUCAAGGGACACGGCCUUAUCUCAAACUGCUGUAACCCUGACUUCCUCCUCAACAUCACCCACCCUGCGGCCUUUCGUACUGCGAUGAAGACUCACUUUGAGGCGGUCAUGCAUCGAUACGAUGGCAAGAUAGAUCGGUGGGACGUUGUCGCCGAAGCCUUGAAAAAUCAGGGAGGCGGCCUAAACAACAAUACCUUCUAUCAAGUUCUCGGAUCCGACUACGUUGAAGAUGCCUUCCGCAUCGCCCGAGCAGCAGCCCCAGGCGCCAAGCUAGUUCUCAACGAAAAUAUGGUCGAGUCACUUCCUGGCAAACGCCAGGAACUAUACAACCUGGUCUCCGGACUCGUGGCAAAGGGCGUCCCAAUUGAUGGAGUCGCCCUCCAGAUGCACAUCACUGCAGUAGCCCUGAAACCGGGCGUUAUCACGGAGAUUGUCAACUCCUACAAGGCGCUCGGAUUGGAGGUGUCAAUCGCCGAGAUGGAUGUUCACACGCUCGACAACGCGCUCGAGACUGAUAUUUACGGCGCCGUCAUCGGCGAGGCUCUCGACGCAGGAAUCACCGACAUUAGCUUCUGGGGCUUUACAGAUAAGCACGCUUACACCUGGGCGAAGGGCGCAAAGCCGUUGAUGUUCGACCAGUGCUACAAGCCCAAGAGUGAGUUUUAUGCCACUCACGCUGCCCUCACCAACUUCGUCAACCGUUCCUAA